UCAAAUAAAUCGCGUGGCGGUGGCGUUAUUGUUGUUUUAUUUUGUUUUUGUGUGUUUAUUUACAAGUAAAUAGCUUAAUUUAUACAGAACUUUAAACUUAAGUCUCUACUAAAUUUAUUAGACUAAAGUUUAUGUUAAGAAUAAACAGUUUUUAACAGAGAAAUGAAUAUUAUAUGACACAUUUUGCAAGUGUUGUGAUCCACAAAAGUUAAUUUUUAGCUACGCGGUACGCCUUACGUUGUAUAUAUUUUGAGUCUUCUAUAAACAUGGAUGUAGCUGACACUUAUGCUACUCAAAGCCAAGUAAAGGAUGAGGUUGGAGUUCGGUGCCAGAAAUUGUUUCAAGAUUUCUUAGAAGAGUUCAAAGAAGACAAUGAGCUAAAAUAUGAAAAGCAUGCCAAAGAGCUUCUCAAACCAGAACUAAGCACUUUAGAAGUGAGCUUUGAUGAUGUAGAGAAGUACAACCAAAAUCUCGCCACAACCAUUAUUGAAGAGUACUACAGGAUAAACCCAUUCCUGAACCAGGCUAUACUCAACUAUGUACUGAGUCUCGCUGAAACAGGUAUGAAAAAAGACUUGCAAGACAAAGAGUGCUAUGUUUCAUUUGUUGAUGUACCAACAAGGCACAAAGUGCGUGAACUAACGACCGCAAAGAUAGGCACACUGAUCAGGAUAUCGGGACAGAUUGUGAGAACACAUCCAGUACAUCCAGAACUUGUGUCGGGCACAUUUGUAUGCUUGGACUGCCAGACCGUCAUCAAAAAUGUUGAACAGCAGUUUAAGUACACAAUCCCAACGAUAUGCCGCAACCCAGUGUGCGCAAACCGACGCCGUUUCAUGUUAGACGCAGACAAGUCUGUGUUUGUGGACUUCCAGAAGAUCCGCGUGCAGGAAACCCAGGCCGAGUUGCCGCGAGGCUGCAUUCCCCGGUCGCUCGAGGUUAUCCUCAGAGCUGAGGCGGUGGAGUCUGUCCAGGCUGGGGACCGCUAUGAUUUCACAGGAACUCUCAUAGUAGUACCAGACGUAGGCUCCUUGUCAUUACCGGGAGCUAAGGCGGAACUGACGACACGGACGCGACAGGGCAACGACGGCCAGAUGGAGGGCAUCAAGGGUCUCAAGGCCUUGGGGGUUCGGGAGCUGCACUAUAAGACAGCAUUUUUGGCGUGCAGCGUGCAAGCGACAUCGCGUCGGUUCGGCGCGGCGGACGUGGCCACCGACGACCUCACCUCGGAGGACAUGCGCAAACAGAUGACUGAUAAGGAGUGGGAUAAGGUAUACGAAAUGUCUCGAGAUAGGAAUCUGUAUAACAACUUGAUCGCUAGCCUGUUCCCGAGCAUACACGGCAACAACGAAGUCAAAAGAGGAAUCUUACUUAUGAUGUUUGGUGGCGUCGCCAAAAAUACUGUAGAAGGAACAACUCUUCGCGGCGACAUAAACGUGUGUAUAGUGGGCGACCCAAGUACAGCCAAAUCUCAGAUACUGAAGCAAGUUAGUGAAAUCACACCCAGAGCAGUGUACACGAGUGGCAAAGCCUCGUCCGCGGCUGGUCUCACCGCAGCCGUCGUCAAGGAUGAGGAGUCAUUUGACUUUGUGAUCGAAGCCGGCGCUUUGAUGUUAGCUGACAACGGAGUAUGUUGUAUCGACGAGUUUGAUAAGAUGGACCUCGGGGACCAGGUCGCUAUCCACGAGGCUAUGGAACAACAGACUAUUUCACUGGCUAAGGCUGGAGUACGAGCAACCCUAAACGCGCGAACAUCUAUACUAGCAGCAGCCAACCCUGUAGGGGGCCGAUACGAUCGAGCGAAGUCACUCCAACAGAACGUGGCGUUAAGUGCCCCCAUCAUGUCAAGAUUUGAUUUAUUCUUCAUACUAAUCGAUGAAAGCAGUGAAAUGGUUGACUAUGCCAUUGCAAGGAAGAUCGUGGACUUGCAUUGUAAUAAGGAAGAGACUUAUGAUUGUGUGUAUUCGAGGGACGACUUGCUAAGAUAUAUUGCUUUUGCGAGGUCUUUCAAACCUCUUAUUACUGAGGAGGCGGGUAAACUCCUAGUGGAGUACUUCAACUCGUUGCGCGCACGCGGCGGGGCGGGCGGCGCGGGCGCAGCGAGCGGGGCUUGGCGGAUCACGGUGCGGCAGCUGGAGUCUAUGGUGCGACUCUCCGAGGCCCUCGCCAAGAUGCAUUGUAGCGGCCAUGUUACUCAACAUCAUGUGCACGAGGCACACAGAUUACUAAACAAAUCUAUAAUCCGAGUGGAACAGCCUGACAUACACUUGGACGAAGAGGACCCGCAGUAUGAGCCUAGUAUGGACGUGGACCACGACACGCCCAAUGGCACCAGCGGCGAGGAGCAAGUGAAUGGAGAUCAAGCAUCCAAAAAGAAGCUCACACUAUCCUUCGAGGAAUACAAGACUCUAAGUAACAUGCUAGUAGUGUUCAUGAGGAAAGAGGAAGCCAAGGCUGAGGCCAAUGGGGAAGAAAGUGCGGGCAUGCAUAAGAGCGCUGUGGUGAGCUGGUAUCUAGAGCAGUUGGUGUCGCAAGGACAUAUUGAGAGUGAAGAUGAGUUGCUUGAGAGAAAGACACUCGUUGAAAAAGUCAUCGACAGGCUUAUGUACCAUGAUCAAGUCAUAAUACCUCUCCAGACCACCGGCCUCAAAUCAACGCAGAAAUCCUCAGAACAAGAGAUAGAAGAUGAUCCGUUAUUAGUGGUGCAUCCGAAUUACGUUGUUGACGCGUAGACAUUCCUUUGUUUUACUGAUAGGCUGGUCUUUUUGUAAUAAAUAUUUUUCUAA